AUGGACAGUCGCGCCCUCUCAAAUGACUCGCGCCGCAACGAUCACCCCCCACCUCCGCCUCCACACUAUGACCCGCCCACCGCCGCCCAACAGAGUGAAGCCUUCCAACAGGCCUUGAACACCAUCGAAGUCCAGGGCUCCUCCGAUGAUGACACAUACUCUGACUCGGGCUACGAGGAGAGCAUAAACUCGGCCCUUUCCACCUCGACUUCCAUGACCUCUUCUGUGCGCCAUUGGGACUAUGAAAAUGGCCGUCGUUAUCAUGCCUAUCGCCAAGGUCACUAUUUGCUACCCAACGACGACGCCGAGCAAGAGCGCGAGGACAUCAAGCAUGCUACCGUCUUGAUAGUCUGCGGCGGCAAGCUGCACUUUGCGCCUAUACCCGAAAACGAACCCGACACGCGUGUUCUUGACAUCGGCACUGGCACUGGCAUCUGGUGCGUUGAAAUGGGCGAUCGCUAUCCAUCUGCUCAGAUCACCGGUGUAGAUCUCAGUCCCAUACAGCCAGACUGGGUACCCCCGAAUGUAGGUUUCAUCGUCGACGACAUCGCGAGUGAGUGGCUAUAUCCAGAGAACCACUUCGACAUGGUCCACGCCAGACACAUGGGCGUCGCCAUCAAGGAUUGGGACCACGUCCUCGCUUCGGCAUACACACAUCUCAAACCAGGUGCAUGGCUCGAGACGUGUGAGUUCGACUAUUGGCCAAGUUGCGACGAUGGAACCAUGACCGAAGACAAUUUGCAUUACAAAUGGCACGUUCUUUUGACCGAGGGUAUGAAGAAGAACGAUGUCGACUUGCAUGCCGCCUUGCUCUUGAGAGAGAAGAUAGAACGUGCUGGCUUCCAAAAUGUGACUGAGAAAAUCAUGAAGGUACCUCUUGGUAACUGGCCCAAGAAUUCUCUUCUCAAGAAGGUCGGCAGCUACAUGCAUGCUGUCCUCUACGACGGUCUCCAAGGCAUCUGUAUGGGUCCUCUAACAAGAGGUCUGGGGUGGUCAAGGGACCAGGUUGAACUCUACCUCCCUGGAGUACGGAGAGAUCUAAAUGACAUGAGCGUGCAUACUUAUUACAGUCUGCACGUAGUCACUGCUCAGAAGCCAUACCAUUGA